AUGGGUGGCGGCGGUGGAGCUCCCGCUUCUGACAUCGAUGCCGUACUGGCGCAGUCCUCUUCGGGUGCGUCAGGCUUCCGCGGCCUGUUCGCCAAUCGCAAAACGUUGGCCAUCGCUACAUUUGCAUCCCUCGGCGGUGUUCUCUACGGUUACAACCAGCUCGAUGAGGAGGAUGCAUCGGCCACCAAGGGUCUCUUGACUGCUAUUCUGGGUGAGUUGUAUGACACUGCGCCGGCUUACAAUACAGAGCUCGGUGCCAUGAUCGGCUCGCUCAUGGCUGGCCCACUCGCUGACAUGUACUCCCGCAAGUACUCUAUCUCUGGCUGCCUGUAUUUACGGUUUGUACCUCCCUUGCCUUCACGUCCCCUGACAUUAGCCGGUCGUUGGUUCGCGGGUAUGGGCGUCGGUGCCCUUUCCAUGCUGGUUCCCAUGUUCAACGCUGAACUGGCUGCCCCCGGAAUCCGUGGUUCCCUUGUAGCUUUGCAGCAGUUGGCCAUUACCUUCGGCAUCAUGAUCUCCUAUUGGAUUGCGUACGGAACGAACUUCAUCGGCGGCACUGGCGAUACACAGAGUGACACUGCCUGGCGCCUUCCUCUCGGUCUGCAGCUGGUUCCUGCUGUCGUUCUCUGCGUCGGCAUCUGCUUCCUGCCCUUCAGCCCCCGUUGGUUGAUGCUCAAGGGCCGCGAAGAUGAGUGCCUCAUGAAUCUCUCUCACCUUCGGUCCCUCCCUCCCGACCACCCUGCCGUCCAGGCCGAGUUCCUGGCACUGCAGGCGGAGCGUCUUGUUGAACGCGAAGCUGCGAAGGAGCGCUAUGGCUUCGAUGACGUCAACUUCAAGGUCACCUGCCUCGAGUACAAGCGUCUUCUCACCACAAAGUCGCUGCUCUACCGUCUCCUCGUUGGUGCUGGAGCGCAGGCCCUUCAGCAAUGGACUGGUAUCAACGCCAUUAUCUACGGCCUUGGUUUGACUGGUAACACUAUGGGCCUUCUUGCCACGGGCGUCGUCGGUAUCGUCAACUUUGUUUUCACAAUCCCCGCAGUGCUUUGGGUCGACCAGGUCGGUCGUCGACCUAUGCUUAUCUGGGGCGAGUUUAUGAUGGCUGUUUCGCACGCCACGAUCGCUGCCAUCGUCGCCGUCUACGGUCCGUCACGUGCCGAGGAGCAAGCUGGUAUCGGCUAUCGCAACAAGGCGGCGGGCAACGCGGCCGUCUUCAUGGUUUACUGGUACAUCGUAAACUUUGCUGUGACGUGGGGACCGCUUGCCUGGGUCGUCAGUGCCGAAGUCUUCCCUCUUGACAUGCGUGCCAAGGGCAUGUCUAUCUCGUCUGCCACGAACUGGAUCAUGAACUUUACCGUUGCCAUGGUCACGCCUGUCAUGUUCAACACGAUUCGUUGGAAGACGUACAUCGUUUUCAUGUGCUUCUGUAUCGUCGGUCUCCUCUACUCGAUCUUCAUUCUCCCCGAACUCAAGGGCAAGUCCCUUGAGGACAUCGACCAGGUCUUUGGUGACAAGUCUGGUGCCGAGGACCAGCGCCGCCGUGAGCGCAUCGCCCAGCAGAUUGGUCUCGACAAGGUGGCGCGUGAUGUGCAGCACAUCGACAAUGACCCCGAGGCGUCCGCUGGUGCCGAGAAGAAGCAGAUGCGCGACCUCUAG